AUGUCAAUGUUGGCCAACUUUGCAACAUCGAUAUCAUUCUUGAUCACAUUGUAUACUUAUCCACACAGGGAUGAGCUGGACGAUGAUGGAAAGAGGUAUCUCAAGAUUACUCAGAUACUGAGUACGGUUGGUCUGGGCUUUGACACUGCCACACAAAUAUUCUGUCUCGUCAAGUCUGGCUUCCACUGUUGCUCGGUCAUUGUGGCGCCAGCCGUAUCACUAUCGUGCAAUAAGAAGUGGAAGGAAUUGAAUGAGCAACGUGGAUCAUGGCCAGUGUUCAAACUCAAGAUAUGGAACAUGUUCACACACAAUGUACUAUUGUUGGCGGCCACUGCCUUCUACCUUCGUACGAUGCGUGACGUUGUACCAGUCUCCCAAAGGAUAUCAGUCUUUUUCAAGAUCGUUGCACUCCUAAUCUCCAUGGGUAUAUUCUUCUUUAUCGAAUUACCACUUAAGUGUUGUGUUCACAAGACUGGAAAGGUUAUUGAUAAGAACAAGGAUAAGAUUGAGGCCAAGAAGGAGAAGAUUAAGAAUAAGGCAAAGGAUAAGAUUAAGUCUUUGAAGGAUAGGUCAAAGAAGGAUGAUAACAAACAGCCAACUGAUGUUGAGAUGGAGGUUAGAUCAUCUCCACCUGAUACAAAUGAUGCUGUUUAA